AUGGAGGCGCCGUUUUACCCCGAGGAAGGACUGGAGCUGCUGCCCGACUUCGUGCCGCUGCCGGGUUUCGGUACCGCCGGCGGACCCGGAGCCGAUGCGGCGGGGCAGAAGCUGCUGCUGGGCGCCGGGAAGAAGCGAGACCUGUCGGCCGCCGCCCCCGCGCCGCUCCCGGGGCCCUUCACCCUUCGCCCGCCCGCCGGCGGCCGCGGCAGCGCGGCCGCUCUGCGCCUGCUGCCACCGCCGCCCGCCGCCGCCCCGCCGCCCACCGCGGGCUCCGCCGAGCCGGGCAGCGGCGGCGGGGCGGCGGCGGUGGCCCGCGGCGGCCCGGAGGCCGCGCUGGGGUCUGCUGCGGAGCUGCCACUGCUGAAGCUGCCGCCGGCCGCCGACCUGGAGCAGCUGCUGAUCCAGGGGGGCGCGGGGCUGGGCGCGGGCAGCCCGGGGCCAGCGGCGCCCGGGGCUGGGAGCGGCGGGGCGGCGGCGGCGGGGCCGUUCCUCUACCGGCAGCCGGUGACGCAGGAGCAGGAGGGUUUCGCCGACGGCUUCGUCAAGGCCCUGGCCGACCUGCACAAGCAGAACCAGCUCCUGGCGGCGCCGCCGCCGCCGCUCUCCGCGCCGGGACCCUGCUGCACCGCCCCCCCGGGGCCGCCGGGAGCCCCUGCCGCUGCCGCCGCCGACCCUCCGGCCGUCUACACCAACUUGAGCGGCUUCAACCCCGCGGGGCCGCUGAGCCCCUCGGGCAGCGCCUACUCCGCCGCCUCCGCCCCGCCGCCGCCGCCGCCGGGCCUGGCCUUCGGCGCGGCGGGUCUGGGGAGCGGGCGGCUGCCGCCGGCGCGGUCCCUGGAGGAGCCUCAGACGGUGCCCGAGGUGCCGCCGUCGGCGGGCGGGGAGGGCGGUAGCAGCGCGCCGACGCCGCCGUCGCUGUCGCCGCUGGACGCGGAGAGCCAGGAGCGGCUGAAGGCAGAGCGCAAGCGGCUGCGGAACCGCAUCGCCGCCUCCAAGUGCCGCCGGCGGAAGCUGGAGCGCAUCGCCCGGCUGGAGGAGAAGGUGAAGGCGCUCAAGGGGCAGAACGCCGAGCUGGCCGCCACCGCCAACCUGCUCCGCGCCCAGGUCACCCAGCUGCAGGGCCGCGUCCGCAGCCACCUCUCCUCGGGCUGCCACAUCAACGCCGCCGGGCAUCCUCCUCCCCACGCCGCCGCCCAGCCCAGGGAGGCUCCCCCCGAGGCUGCCGCCGCCGCCGCGCCGGAGACCAGCGCCUGCUGAGGAGGGACACCCCGCCGGCCCCGGCCCCGUCCCGCCCGGGGGGCUCCGCGGGGCCAAGGUGCGCGCCCGCCGCCGCCCUUCUGCUAUUAUUAUUUUUAAUAUUAUUAUUAAUUAUUAUUAUUUAUUUUCGCCCGGAGAAGGCGUUUGUUGCGGGAGCCGGGUGUUGCUAAGCGUUUCCCGAGAUCUGUCGAUGUCGCGUUCAGCAGCGAAGGGUCUCCGUGGGUGGUUAUGGGGCAGGUGGUUAUUUUUCAGUGAAGUACUUGAGGUUUGUAGAGAUUUCGGAAAAUAAGAAAAUUACUGUUUACAGAAAGAUUCAACUUUAUUUUCAUGGGGGAUAUAAAACGUGUGUUUCCUAAUACACCUUACUGAACUGUAUAGCAAUGGAUAAGCUUUUCAAACUUAAAAAAAAAAAAAAUAGCCAGAAUCAUACCUUUUGAAAAGAUGUGCGUGUGUAUAUAUAUAUUUAAAACAUAAUAUGGCUAUGUAUAUUUUCUUGGUAUUGAUAAAGAACUUUUUUUAAAAUACUGUCUUUCUCUAGAGCUUUAAUUUGCCAUUGAGAGUUAAGACAGCUGUGUGGGUGCUCUUACACUUACAUGGCUUUGAUUUUAAAAUCGAACCCUGGAGGGAAAUGAUUUUUGUUGUAAAUCUUGAGCAGGAUGAAAUGCAUUGCUGACUCAGUCAUAUGAAAAUACUUUUCUAAACUGUACGCUCCAUAUUUCUUGUGCCAGUGCAAACUUGGGGCAUUGAUAGUUAUUUAUUGAAACUUGAACACUUUUGGACGUUGCCUAGACCUUAUUUUUCUAGAUAACACGUUAGUAGAGAAAAUGGUUACUUUGGCAAAAAGAGCUUUACUUUUUUUUUCCUUCACUGUGUACAUUCCAGUAGUGUUUGCUCUUUAAUCAGUAUAGUAACCAUUCAGUGCUAUACAGAAAAGGGCUCAGGUUUGGGGUGGGUUAGCUGUAAAGAUGAUAAUUCCAUUGUAUUCUGUUUGAAUAAAUCACAGAAAUAUUAUGGAGAAGUAGAUUUAUUUUUCAGUAGAAAUCUGUGUAUCUUGCUUCUUGGUCUACUUUGUUCUGAAGAAACUUUCUGCAAUACUCUAGAGACAGAAGGAGCACUAGAAUUUGAAGCGUUUUUUCUGGUUGGGAAGAAUUGGUGUGAUUUAUUUCUUUGUCAAGAAUUUACUAGUAGGAGAGUAUAGCAAUGGAACUGUUUCCUCUGAUUAGACAUAAUCCUCAAUAAGUUUUUGAAAGCUUUAGGUCCCUUGCUCGGUACCACUGCCUUCCUUGCUUCUGCUGCACCUUUGUAUUUUGAGCAUAGCCGCUACCGCAGCGCUGCCGAGCCCUGUACAGGCGUGGUGCAGGGGGAAGGGUCUGUCGGAGUGUGACGGUCACCCCACCAGAAGCCCCUCGGUGCAGAGGCCGCGGGCUGGCCCUGCCGCUGGGGGAGGGCAGGGCUUCUCCUGAGCAGAUCCAGCUGCAGGCCCUCUCCCCUCGUCGAAACUGUGCUAAAAAACUCUCUGCUUUAACUCAGAGGCAAAUCUUACGUGGGGAUAUGUGUCUGUGCCAGCUGGUGAAAAUGGGGAAUUGUGUGAGGAGCCAAGGGGGCAUAGACAUUUUUACGUGUACAGCAAUUGCUCAGAUCCGUUAAAGCCACUCAGGAGCUGGUAAACAUCUCUUAACUUCUUCCGAAGGCUACACUUGAUGAUUUGGAAUUCGAGAAGAACGGGAUAGACUCACAUUUUUUCAUGCUUUUACUGGGGAUACGUGAGUGCUAUCUGUUCAGAAAUUCGAGCUGCAGCGAUCAAGUGUAUGAGCUUUUCCUUUUAGUGCAUACUCGUUCCUGGCACACGUGUGAAAUGCCAUGACAAUGCAUAGUAAUUGUGUUAUUGUAGCUGAGAUGCUCUGAGGAUAUUUCUUUUCUUAAUGCAUAUGCAAAUUAGGUAGAAGCCAUAUUAAUCAUUGUAUAACUGUUUAAUCAUGUCACCAGAGCCUUUUUCGGUGGUUGAAGUGAUACCUUCUGCUGUUAGAGUUACUGAAGAGCAGAUAAAACAAUAUUUUGAUCUUAGCACAGGUUUAAAGACUUCAUAAGGGCAUUCUGAACCAUACAGCAUACAAUCUGUAGCACUUCCCGUUACAUAAUAACUGGGUGAAAAAUACAGUUUUUACUUUAUGGUAAAGUAAAACCCUCCAUCUGCAAAGAUGCUGAAAGACUGGAGAAACUGAAAAAGAUUUUUUUUUCCCCCAACCCUUACCAUACUUGCCCUAGUGAAGGAGGUAAUGCUGCCUGGGAGAUGUGAGAUGCUUUACUGUAGAUGUAGCAAGGUGUGGAUAUUUUUUUUUUUAAGGAAUCCUGGAAAAAAUCAUUAAAAAUUGCAUGGGUCAUCCCCGCUCUUUUGGUCCUUGUAGAUGAGUGCAGGGCAAGGUAAAGCUCUUGUGGUAGAACACAGGACAGUGAUAAAUGCGGCUAUGCAGUACUUGUUCUGUACUUACUUUAUCAUUCCUGGUCAUAAUAAAUUAGCAAUAUGCGAGGAGCAAUGGGGGACGCAUAAGGCAAAAGAAAUCACUGCAGUUCCCAGUCAUGGGCAGGGCUGUAAUGGGCUAUAUUUUAGGAGGGUUAUGAAGAGGUCCCCCUUCUCAGCAUGAUAGUGUUGAAGCUGGAAACCACCCCACAUUACCUUGCUCCCGUUUGAACUUUCUGCAAGAGCAGUCUCACACCCAGUCUCCCUGAUACCUCGUGUGGUAACUUCUUUGAUAGCCUGCUCUGUGUUCUAGGUGACAUCCGUUAGGUGAUAGAAGUGCUGACAGGCCUGCCCUGUUCCCCUGAUGGCUGAUGAGAGGCUACUAGUGAGGCCUGCAGCUCCAGCUCCCUGACAGAGGCUACUGUUCUGGUAGUAGGGUUGCCAAAACUAAAAAAAUGUGUUCUUUAGAGUGACAGGUUGCCUUCAUAAAUGCCUUCUUUUAUCUGGUAUUUAGGCUAAGGCAGAGGGUCUAACACUGACAUGACAAAAAUUUGAGAAUAGUGUUGGGGUGGUUGGUUGUUUUUUCCUGCUGAUUCUGCUAAAGGUUGCUUUAUUUGCUUUAUCUAUAGCAGAUACUUGAGUGGAAAGCCUAAGCACCUAACAGUUUAAACUAAUAUAAAAAGACUCAGGAGUGCUUACUUGCUGCAGCUAUCAUGCUUGAUUGUUCUUGUCUUCUAAAAUGUAUCAGUGUUCCGACUGCUGGCUCUGCAGUGUUCCUAAAUCUUUAAGUAUGGCUUCUCUAUUUUGUCUGCCUUUUUUCUUCCAUUUGUGGCUAAAUACCUCUUCCUUUUAGGUUUCGGUUUUCUGCCUAAAACUUGGGUCACUGUGAGAUGCUGAAAGAUAGAUACCGGGUAAAAAUGUUCCAGACUGUUUAUAUGAUUUCCAUCCAUGUAGCUCCUUUGCUGUAUCUACAAGCAGGUUGUGUGUGUGUCACUCUAAAAAAAAAAAAAAAAAAAGAAAAAAAAGCCACAAAAACGACAACAAGAAAAGACCAAAACAAUCCUCACAAACAAACCCCCCCAAAAAACAAACAAAAAAAGAAUUUAAAACCCCAAGCGAAACAGUUUAUGUUCACUGUAAUCUUAGCACUUUUUAACAUUUUUCUUCACCCUUCAAAAGUGCCAUGCUUUGUUGUAUUUGCUCACACUACUCGCUAGUCCUUGCGAAGAUUCUCGCUGCAUGACUUGAUUUGCAGGCUACCCUGAUGCCCUUCUGAUCUGGUUUUGCAUUCCAGAUGUGAACCCGUGACAAAUAAACACCCCUCUUUGUUUCUUUGCCCCAGGUGUAAUCUCUGCUCUGGAGAUUCCGUGGUGUCUCUCUGUCUGUUUCGGGUGGUGGAUGCUUUUUUCCGUGCACACCUCGCUUGCUGCUCAGCAGUGGCUUUCGAAUGAGCUUGAAGCAGUGUUCUUGGUUUAGAUGUGAAGUGCCUUCUUAUUUAGGUGCUACAGCAAAAUAGUUUGAUUUAUCUGUGACUUUCAUUUAUUUGAAUUGUUAUCAGAUCUCUUCUGUCUUGGGGAGUAGGAGGAGGAAUGCUUUUGGUAGGGGAAGUCUUCACCCCUUCCUUGGGCAGAGGGUGGGGCUCCCAUCAGAUAUGCCCCCGCUUGCUGCGAGUGCAAGGAAAGUACUCUGCUAGGACUGCCUCAGAUGAUGGCAUUGCUAAGUAACAUGGGUGGUUUGGGCUGCAGCAUAGAACAGCUAGUGAAGUCUGUCAGCAUCACAGGGUCUCCAGGUAGGCCCGGGUGGUCAGUGAGUGGUUCUUACAGCUUUCACUGUGACUCCAGGUCAAGCCCCUUUGGCAUGCUGAGAGAGCAAUUCCCAAAACACAGGUACUUUGCACACUUUGAGGAGCAUAGGUGUUUGGGGGUGGUAAGUCCUGAGCACGGAGAGGAGUGAUUCUGGUGGUGAUAGUGAUGAUUUCUGUCAUAAGCCUUUGAUGGUCUUCCAAGAUCUAAAUAUCUCUACAGAUUUGGACUCUUCACUGCAUGUCAGUAGUCACUGCUGGCCUUACCACAGUUCUCCAUUGUCUUGGUUUGUAUUUAUGUCUUUACUGAAGGAAUAGUCAUGAGGCAUCCUUUGUUCAUUUAAAUAUCUGAUUGACUGUGUCUGUCUCACCUUUGACAAAGGAGUGAUCUCCCCGGGUUAAGCCCUGAGGCAUUCUGCUGUUUGCAGCUCUUAAAGUGGAAUUUUAUUUGGCUACUGAUUUUUAAUCAGUUACAUAGCUCAUUGAUGCUUUCCAAAGUACUGUAUGGCAUUGUUUGAUGAGGUCUGAAGCACAGAUGUAUGCUAUGUCUGAAUUACUAGUUGUGCCAAAAAUAAUGUCUUGGCUGCCAUUACCAGAGUCUUGGCUAUUUGAAUCUAGCAGCUUCUUAGAGAAAAGUUUUCUAUAUCUGAGAUUAAUAUGCAAGAAAAAAACAAACCCAUCUAAUUCUUCAUUCCUCAUAAGUCAUUCUUCAACACAUUUUAUGUGUCCUGCUUCUGGUGUGCAAGUUAAAAAAGAAAAAGCGAUGCAUUACAUUUUCUUUUAUUCAUACGUGCAGCUGUAGCUGCUGCUGGAUAAUUUUGCUCUUUCCUUACUUGAUACUCCAAGUGUCUAUGUUUAGCAAGUAGGCAAAUUGGAGUAUGACAUAUCUGUGUACAUAUUUGAUUUUUGGAAAACCACUUCCAUUUUCUCAGUGUUUUGUUUGAAGUUUUACUGUAAGAAUGACUUCUGAAGAGUUCUCGGGUUUUUUUGACACUAAUUGGUUGCUUCUUUUGAUCAGUACUGUGUGCAGUGGCUGCACGUAGUCCAGCAGAGGCAGGUAGUAAGAUCUGUCAGGAAUUCACCUUUUUCAACAUUUGGCAAGACCUGUAUCAGCAGGAAAAGUCUUGGACAGAAAGCUUUCACAGUGCGUAGUAAUCAUGCAAAAUGUUAACUGAUCAUUCUCAUGCCUCAGUCACCUGCUGUGGGUUUGCAUCAGGGUUUACUGUACCUGAUGCAGUAUGAUAAAUGUUCCCGUGACAAAGUGCAGACUCUAAAGUUUGUAGGAAACUUGUUAAUCUUGCUGCACAUGGUGCAGCUUUGCUGUGAAGGUGUUGAUGAAUUAAAUCUGAAUAUAUGGAGACUCAGGCCGUUAUGGUACAUUAUGGGAGACAAGAGGUUGUAGUAAUGCGUAAUUACUCCGGUCCAGUGUUUCAAAGAUCUGUCUCUUUUUAUCCUAUGAAGUGGCUUCCAGCUGUUUGUGCUGUGAAGCUUCUCUCCUCAUAACGACUCAGUAACUUGGAGGCGGGACAGAAGCAACUUCUUCUGGAAGUAGUCAUGUGUGACAAGCUAAAUGUAGGUUUCUGAGAAGCACUGCAACAGUCAGUGCACAGUGGAGACCCUGCUGCUCCUGUCUGUGUGUUGCUAGAAGGGUCUAGAAAUGUAUACACAUAAUUCAUGACAACAGCAACUUUCCGAGACACCAUCCUGUUGCCUUGCUGCAGGCACUGAUCCUUGCUGCUUGCUUAAGCCUGGAAACACUUUUUCCUAAGCUGCUGCAUACCUGAAGGUUUGCUUUCGAUAUAGUCACAGACCGGAUCUCUGCUUGGAUGUUGAAACAGUUGGCUGCAUGUGGGUCAGUCAGAAUGCCUUGCUCUAGUUGCAUCUGCAGGGCCCUGCUGAGGAAACAGUGGUGGGGAGAGGAAGGAAACCAGUCUAGAAUCUGUGUCUUCACACCAAUGCAACUUUUGUUUGAGUUGUCUUGACAGGAGUGUUAUUCUGAUGUAAAAACACUGAAUCUUGGUCUUGUGUCUGCAGGGGACAUGAGUUCUUGUGCUGGAGUUCUGCUUUGGGUGGUAUCCUCUCAAGUCAGUGAGGACUAACUGAAGAAACAGCAAAUCCAGCCUUUAUGAACUAAUUCUGCUGAAGCACACAGAUACCUGCAAACACAUAUCAAGACGUUGUGCAUGGACACCAGCAUGCAUAGAGAAGGGCAUGGCCAGAUAAAGGAACUGUGAUUUUCCUUAGCUGCAGCAGCACACAAUGGGGUUUUUAGUAUUCUUUUGUUGUGGUCGAGUUUUUCCAGAAGAAAACUAAGCUGCAUUUCUGUCUGUGAUUACAAGGUGAUUUUUUUUUUUUUUUUAGAUUUCCAGUCAUAUUGGAGGACUGUCACAUCUUGCAAUGCUAAGUUAAUGCAAAAAGAUAAUUUUAAAGUCACAUUUAGCCUUAAUGUUAUCCGAAGUGCUGCAGUUUGUGUGUAGUAGUUUAUUGUAAAGUGAAGGGAUAGUUAUUAUGAAUAAUGUUUGUAAGGGAGUCAGCCUAAAUAAUUACCUACCUGCCAUUUGCUUUUUUUGUGUGCUAUCUAAAAGUGUGUACCCAUGGUGUAGCUAGCUGUAAAAUGAGCUUUGCUCUGAAUUUCUAGUACUAGUAACAAACAUGGUCUGCAAUAGUUUAAGGAGUAUAUAUUCUGGCUAAAUGGCUUUUCUGAAAGAAUUAUAAUUUCUGUAGGAAUGCUUUGAAGUGAUGGUUGGGUAUGAAGCCUUGCUAACAUGGAGAUAAUAGAUAUGACCAGUUCACUGUGCACUAAUACACUGCUAGAUUCUGAUAUUUAGCACACUGCUGAUAAGAUUUACUACUACUGUUACUUACUGGUUAAGACCUAGAUAUGGGUGGAAUUGUAAGUCACCUAAGUAAGGUCCUUACAGUCUGGAGAUCUGUGUCACUGGAGAUCAGUAACAGACCCUCCAUCCCAUCCCCAGGGGAAAAAAAAAAAAAAAAAAGAAUGUCUUUGGUUGCAGAAUCUGUUUGUUUUGGUUUUGCAAGUUCGGUUACUUUUCUAGAUGAAGUCCUAUUUUACUCUUCUCUCAAAAUCUAUUUAAAUAAAUUUUAAAACUUUUCUGCUAAGUACCUUGAAGCAUCUCUUGCAGCUGGUCCGUUACAAUCAGUGGCAACUGUGCAAUUGUGUUAUUACUUCUGUGAUAGAUGGAGAAAGCUGAGGCUGUUAACAGUCAGGCAUCUCUCUGUAUCCUUGUUCUGAGACAGUGGACUGAACACACGAAAAAUCAUGACCAGUAACUUGAACUCUGAGGAGCUGUUUGGUAUCAUUUGCUUGCCCUCUUCAGAAAGCUUCCCGCUGCCCUGAGGGGUGUGUGUCCCUCCUGCCUCACAUGGAAAAUUGACCUUUAAAAAUUAACAGUCUUAAUAAGUAAAUAAACAAAUGAACAAAUAAAUAAGUCUUCUGGUACAUGCUGAGCUGUUUGAAAGAUAAAAUACCGAGCUUGACAAUCUUUUCUCACACCUCUCUUUCAUAAAUGUCCUGAUUUGCUUGUAAUGCAGGACACAAGCAAUGGGGUGGCAUAGGAUAAAGUUAGUGCACUGUUUCAGAGACUGUGUUUAGGAUACCCUCCUUCUUUUUCCCUAGUAACUGCUAUGGAAAGAUAUCAGUAGAAGAUACUGAAAUAAAAAUUGCCUUUCUUCACGAGUAGAGCCAGAGGCUGAACUCUUUUUGCAACUUUUACCAUUCUGCCUUUUAAUAUUCUUCAUGGGAGGGUGACAGAAGUAGUGAGAAAAUGCUAACCAAUAACUGGGAAGUUAAAUAUGCUUGUUAUAUAUAAUAUGCCACAUGAGCUAUGGCCAUAAGUAGCUAGGACACCUAUGCACAGUCUACAGGAUGACAACUGCAGAAUAGAGAAUUCCUAAAAUGUGGCCUGAGUGUCAUCACCAGUCCAAACCAUUUUUCUGCCAGUUACUACAAUGGUAUUGUAGUUCCUUGUGAUUUUUGAAAGUCUUUAUGUACACCCUAGUGAAAUCAUAGCACAAGCUGAUACGUCUGUCGUAUUUUUGUGGUAUGAUACCACUUUCCCACCAGGCCAAAAGUGUCUAAUAAAGUUUACUUCUUUAUUCCUUUCCCUAUUGAUAAUAGAGAUGAUAGUUGGAGGUAUCAGCAAUAGUAAGGGGAAAAAAAAAAAAGGAUUCCAAGGAAGAAUCUCUGAAGCAGUAUAUAAUGAUUGUAUGUUUAAGUGGCAGAUAGUUAAGAUUGCUCUUCAGAAUGCUUUUUAAGUUACUUGGUUUUGUUGUUAGUGCUUAAGUUACUUAUCUUUGGAAACUGUGCCCCUCCCUGUUUGGCCUGGUGACUGGUGAUUUCACACUUACCCUUAUUUGUUUAAAGCCAUAGCAACCACCAUGCUGAAAUGUCAUCAAGUAAAGCCCAGGUCUGAAUACUGACUGAUGAUGCAAAGCUCUGCUCUCUAAUAAAAUGCGGCCCGUGAAGGACGAGCUCCAAAAGGCAGCUACGCCCUGUCUUCAAGCAUUUGCUCUAAUUUCAAGGCUUUGCCAUGUGGUGUUGCUCAACGUGUAGCAAAACAAGUUCUUGCAAGCCCCUUGAGCAUUCCUCCGUAUGUAACAGAUUAGAUAUUCAGGCUUCGUUAACUCUCCCGGCCCCCACUACAUCCUUCCUCCUCCCCACCUCCCUGAGAAAAAAAAAAAAAACAACAAACCAAAACAAAACAACAGGACCAAACUGAAACCAAAAAAACCCAAAAAAACAAAAAACCCCACACCGUAACAAACCUAAACCUAGAAGGAAAGCCCCAACGCAGGUAAAUCUUGGAGAAUUGUUUUGCUUUGUUGCAAAGUGCUGUUAAUUACAGAGACGCUCAGCGCAGUUCUGACAUCUGAGCCGUCAAUCCAAACAGUGAUUUUGCUUUGGUUGCACUUUGCUACUUUGUACAGUACAAAGGGAAGUGAAUAAGUGUUGCAAUAUAGUAUUGUGCAAUUCCUGCCUUUUAAAUAGAAAAUGAUCGGCGAGUCUGCAUAGGCCUCUCACCCACCGAAAUUUGGCCACUGAUUUUCGCCACUCCCACUUUUUUUAGUCAGGAAUGGGUUUACUGGCUUCCUAAGGUCACAAGGAGAGGAGGGUAGAGAUGUUAAGAGCUUAGGCUCCCUGUGCAGGGACUUAGCAGGAAGGGCAGCUGGGUUUGUACUGCUGAAUAAGUCUUUGGUGAAGUAGCUUUUCAGCUUUCUGUGUUUUUCCAUCUGUGGACUACGACAUUCUCCCAGGGCAGUUUUCUCUUUUCUGGAGUGGCUCGUCUAAAGCUGGCUUGUUGUUCCUGCAGUUUCUGCCUAGAGUGAAAAAAAAUCUCUCUGAGGUUUAGGAGACUGCACAUGUGCCCUUGCUGUGUGGUGUUAAAGAUGGCAUGUUGGUAUGACUCAAAAUAGAACCCCUGAAAAAGGAGGAGCUCUAGUUAGGUGCAAACUGAAGUCCGUCCUUCUCUGAGCAGUGUGUCUUUCCAUCAGCUGAACAGACCAACUGACUCCCGACAGAUAAAGGAGGAGGGAGCUCUUGGGCAAUAGGACCCAGCUUUGAAAGCGCUCGGUGUUUUGUGCUUCUUGCUGAGCUUCCGUGAUGCAAAAAACACUGAAUGAUCUGCAGUGCUAUAAUCGCAAUACCUUGCAAUAUCGUGAGCUGGGGCAGCUGCUUGUGUCACGCAAGUUCUGUGGUCCUCACUGGGAUUUGUGCCACGUGCUAAUCAACCAGACCAAGUGAUUUCCUGAAAAAGCAAAGAGGCCCCUCCCUGCUGCAUCAGGGCCGAGCAUCUCCAAGCUCUCUUUUUUGUCCAAAAGGAGAAGUGUGAGCAAACUGCCACUUCCUACAGCUCUUCUAUCCAAACUGGUUCUCCACGGUGGCAUGAAGGCGUGGCGCUGAAACUUUCUUCUUCAGGGUAGCUGUUCAAAACGAAAGGUGGAGGCAGAGCAGUUCAGAUUUGGCUUUGCUCUUGCAGCAGCUUACUUGCAACUCGUUGGGGGGUGGGUGUCUGCCUGCAUCUUUUCCUGGGCUUUUGUAAGUUGGGUUUAUGAGCACCUUCUUAUUCUGCCUUAUUAAAUUAGCUGGCACAGAGGAAGCCUCUGAGAAACCCUUUAAAAAUCUCUGCUUUUGGAACAAUGUUGUAAAAUUACAGCAUGUGAAUAGAUUUAAAACCACAAACAAACAAACAAACAAACAAACAAAAAAACCCCGAAACAGACAACAAAAGAAAUAACUUCAUUCAGAUACAAUAGAUCUUUUUAUACCUGAUUAAUUUUGGGAAGUCUUCAGACAGGUGUGCUACCAAGGACAUUGCACACAGAUGGAGGUGAGAGCGAAACAAAAUUUAGUAGCUACUCAUUUGCUGGAUUUGGUCAGGAGAGAUUUUCAAGAACACUUCUGAGACCAUUUUUCCUGAUGUGGUGGUUUAUUUUUUUUUUUUAAUGUAAACAAGCUACAGGGCUUAAUAGUAUACAACUGAGGAUUAUGUCCAUAGUAAUUUUUUUACAUUACUUUUGCAAACUGUGUAGUAUUAUAUUAAAAAUACUUAUUUCUGAGACAAAGUGGACAAUAUUAGUUGGCAUCUUGCACUUGAUUAAAUGUAAAACUUUUUCUUAAUUUAGUGAUGUGCUUAGGAGAAUACUGUAACUUACUGAAUAUACAACGGUGAUAACUGUGUUUACAAUAAUUUUCAAAUUCCUACUGUUCAGUGGUAGCCAACUUGUUUAAGAAUUAAAAGCAAGACAUACGGCAAUUGGAAUUCUUGGAAAAAUUAACUCUGUGCUGCUACCACUAAAUGCUGUGGGAUGGAUACCGUGGGUUUAUAUGGCAGGAGGAUUGUAUUCCAAGCCUCUGUCUUAAGUACUUAUGACUAAAAGGCGACUUGCCUUGUGCUCAUUUAUGUAUCCCUGUGUGUAGUACAUCAGUUAGAAAUCUGUUAAUGAUUGAUUUGUAACAUUAGAACCUUUAUGGAGAUCACAGUAGGGUUUCUGUUUUGUUUUCGUUUGUGAACAGACACUUAGACAUUUUGGAAUGUAUAACAUUGAUCCUUGUGCUGGAAUUGUUUACAUGCAAAAGGUAUUUAUGAUUUUUUGCAAACUGCAAUGUGCAAUUUUGUACAUGUGUUUUAAACUAAAGAGUUUAUAAGGAAGAUAUUGUAUGUACAGUACUUGGACAUGAGUAUUAUUUCUUUGAUAUAAAUAUCUAGAGGAAAAUUAAAAUUGCUUUAUAUUCAUA